AUAAAGCUUUUUCGGUAGCACAUAAGCCUUGGUAUAUUUUAUUGACUUCCCUCCCUUCGAAAACAGUUUCAGAACUCGAAAACUGAAGAACUAUCAGUAUGAAACUACAAUUUCAAUAAUUGAAUAGAUACGUGUUGACUGAUUAAAUCCCGAAAAUUAUUUUAAUUACCUAGAAUUGGCAAUCUCUUUUUUGAAAUUGCUGUCAACAUUUAUUUUAAGAAAGAAAUUUUUUCCGUUUGUUCAAAAUUCUUCGUGCUCAUUAUUUGAUUUUUUUUUGCUGGUAAAGCAUUUUUGAAAUCACAGUAGACAUCGAAGUAAAUUUCCAAAAAUCGUAGACAUUUGCGAAGACCAGAAGUGUGGCAAUUUUAUUUCAGUGAUUUUCUUUGAAUUAAAAUCGGCUCCGGACAAACACAUCCACAAAAAUGUCACGCAUCGGCAUCAACGGUUUCGGUCGCAUCGGCCGUCUUGUAUUGCGCGCCGCCAUAGAUGACUGCGCCUUCGUCGUGGCCAUCAACGAUCCCUUCCUCAAUCCUCAUUACAUGGCGUACCUCUUCAAGUACGACUCGACGCACGGCCGCUUUCCGGGUGAGGUGACCGCCGAAGAUGACUGUCUUAUCAUCAACGGCACCAAAAUCAAAGUCUUCACACACAGCGAUCCGACUUUAAUUAAUUGGUCCAGUGCCGGCGCAGAAUAUAUUGUCGAGUCCACCGGCGUAUUUCUGACAAUGGAAAAGGCCGCGGCGCAUUUCGCAGGCGGCGCACGCAAAGUCAUUAUUAGCGCACCCUCACCGGAUGCGCCUAUGUUAGUGGUGGGCGUCAAUCUGGAUGUGUAUGACAAGGAAAUGCGCAUAGUUUCGAUGGCUUCCUGCACUACAAAUUGUCUGGCGCCGCUGGCUAAAGUCAUACAUGAGAAUUUCGAAAUCAUCGAGGGCUUGAUGACCACUGUACAUGCGGUCACAGCCACACAGAAGGUGGUGGACGGUCCAAGUGGUAAACUUUGGCGUGAUGGUCGUAGCGCCGCACAAAAUAUAAUACCCGCCACAACGGGUGCUGCUAAGGCGGUCGGUAAGGUUAUACCUUCGUUAAAUGGUAAGCUAACUGGAAUGGCAUUCCGAGUGCCGGUGCCAGAUGUGUCUGUGGUGGAUCUAACAGUGCGUCUCAAUAAGCCGGCGCCAUACGAGGUAAUCAAGAAAAAAAUUCUGGAAGCGGCAAACGGACCUUUGAAAGGCAUACUUGCUUACACCGAGGAAGAGGUGGUCUCGUCAGACUUUCUGCAUGAUAUAAACUCGUGCACCUUCGAUGCCAAGUCGGGCAUAUCACUGAACGACAAGUUCGUGAAACUGAUUGCUUGGUAUGACAACGAGUAUGGCUAUUCGAGGCGCAUCAUCGAUCUCAUUCGAUACAUGCAGAAGAAAGAGUAAGGCAAAGGGGCAAGCCCGGUAGUUUGAAUUUGGAAGUGAAUUUUGUAUCGUAUAUAAUAGUUUUAUAUUGUUUUGUUUGAGUUUUGUUUUUUAAUUAAAUAUUUAUUGACAAUAAACGAAAA